UGAAAAAAACAUUUUAAAUAAAUACAAGUGUCUUCCUAAAUUCGUCUGCUUUCUCAACGGCGACUUUCCUUAGAAUCUCUUAUCUCUCUCGUUGAUUGAUUCUCAAUUUCUUCUUCACCUCACUUUCAAUGCCGUCUCGUUGAGAAGGCGUAACUUCUUAACUGGCGCAACUGUAAGGAGGUGCGCACGAUAAUGGAUGCGCCGCCGCUGUCUUUCGUCUCCAAAGCUAGAACCGCUUUCAAUUCCGCCGCUGCUAAAGCGGAGCGCGUCUUCACUGAUCUUAAAUCCGAUCGAGAGGAGGAGCAGCCAUCGACGAGGAAUGAGAAUGACUCUAAGGAGGAGAAUGAAGUGAAGCCUCAGGGAUGGAGAACUGCACAUAUUAGGAAAAAGCAAGAGUGGCAGAAUAAACUCAAAUACUUGAGAAUUGGAAGGAAAGAAGUCGUUGAAGAUAAAGAUAAGGCUGAGGAUUCAACCAUGCUUGCACCUUUCUAUGACCAAAAUUCGCUUAUUCUUAAAGCGCAAGAGCAAGAAGCCAAGGCAUCUGAUGUUGGUAACUUGAUACAAGUUCUAAAUGCUGUUGAUGUGAACAGCAUUCCUCGGGCAUCCGUUGUGAAGCAGCUGGCUAUAGCCAUCGAAGCGGGAAAAAUGGCUAAGACUAUGAAAGAGUUUGCUGCAUCUUCUGGAAGUUCUUCACCAGGGAGGGAUAGAGGGGGCUUGAGCCUCUCUGCAGUGAAAUCGAUGGUUCUUGGUGAAAAAGAGGAUAAAAUUGGUUUUGAUUCAAGAGACGAGGAAAAACUUGUUUCUCUUAUAAAUGCCAUGUUUAAUGUUGAUGGUAACUUCCUCGUCAGAAUGAUUGUCUCUGAUUUGGAGUCUCCUACCAACAGAGCAUCUUUUGCCAAAGAUCUUCAUGUUGCUCCCCCUAGUAGCUUUGUUGUUAAGCUAGCUGAAGUUAUUGGAAGUUUUACAACACCAAGCAGAAUGGCUUUGUUCUGGUGCAGGGUUGUCGAUGAACUGAGGAGAUUUUGGAAUGAAAAGAAACACAUACCAUGGAUACCCCUAGACGAGAAUCCAGAUUUGAAAAGUUGCCUACUUCACCAAUGGUUACAAGUUAUAAACUGCUGUCUUGGCAGGAAAGCACGUUGCAUAGCUGCUUCUGAAGCAUUAGAUGCUGUUAUGAGACAAGCCAGUCCAGCCAAUGAAAAGUCAGAUAUUUCGGAAGCGAUGGGUUCUCCGGUUUCUCUUUUGUAUGCUAAAAGUAACACCGGAGAACUCAUACUCCGCCUAGGCAUCCACCACCAAGUUGAAAACUUGACAAUGUUGGAAACUGGUGAACCUGUUUAUGCCCCAAUAACUCAGGAGGGUCCGUUGUUGACAGAAGAUCUGAUUAAAGAAACAGAGGAACUAGUAUUGCGAACAGGGAGCAUGGGGGCUGGGUGUUCUCAACUCUUGUCUGACAUGCAGGCUUUCAAGGCAGCAAAUCCUGGAUGUAUUUUGGAAGAUUUUGUGAGAUGGCACUCUCCUCCAGACUGGACGGGAAAUGAUACUUCUUCCGGAGAUGACUCUUCUCCCCUACGAGGUCAAUUAAGCAUCCGGAUGCAAAAAGAAGGUAAUUUGUGGCGCGAGCUGUGGGAAACAGCUAAACCACUGCCUGCGGUUAAGCAAACACCUCUCUAUGAUGAAGAUUUUGCUGUGGAAGGAAUCUUGAAUUCUUUGGAAGACAUUCCGCCUGUUGAUUUUUUCGGGCAGCUUUUUGUCUCUCUUGUUGCCCUGGGAUUUGUAAUGGCGGAGCCAGUAGUAGCCACAAACGAUGACUUGUCAAAGCUUUUCUUCGAGUGCAAGGAUUAUGUAGUCGCGACCUGCCAGGGAGACGCAUGGACGGAUAAGCUUGAUGAUCUGUGCCAGGUCUAUGAAACAGUGGAAACAAUGUUAGUACGUCCAGAAAAAGUGUUGAGAUCAAUGAAGCAAACAGAGGAGUCGCCGUCAGGUGGGAACGAAACAAAACGGCGGUUCAGGCGGCUGAGCUUCAUCUUCCGCGGUAAAGAAGGAAACAAGAACAGAGUUCCGUCAGAAACAGAACAGAAAAGUACGGAACCGAGCCCGCGCCAGUCUUUCUCGAGUCUUUUUGAUGGAAAAUCGUCUCUGUUUGCAAAGAAACCACCUAGACCUGCUGAAAAUGGGACUCUUGUCUGACUCCUUGAUAUUUUUUAUUUAAUUUGUUUCAUCUGGUUUUGAGUCAUUUUUCAAUAUUUUUUUUGUUUGCUCUGGGUUUAGGUUGUUAAGUUAAUCAGUUGGUUGAUAACUGUAAAUUUAUAUCAUUCAAAACAUUUCUCAGAGGGGAAGUUAAAGUUGAUGGACUGGAAAUGAAUAAAAAAUGAGAAAGCGAGAAAAGCUUUUGGUCUUUCUGUGUUUGAAACUGUAUGUGUUGCCCUGGAAGCUUCUGAACGCGUGUGACCUAGCAGCAUGUCUGGGUAAGAUGGGGUUUUGGGCACAUGGGCCGGAUGCUAAUAAAACGGCGGCAUUUUGAAGCUUUCUAAAUAUUCAUGUAAUCGGAAGAAGCAUAAGUAGACACGUGUAACAAUCUUCCGAACUUGCCAUAUUCUUGUAACUUGCUCAAAGCUAGCUAGCUCUCACAGAAAAGUCAUAUUCAUUUCCCAGUCGUCAUUCAAUUCAGCAAACCCUAGCUUUCUCACUCCGCGUUGAAGUCUCUCUCUCUAUCUCUUUUGGAGAUUCGGUGCGAGGGAUGAUGUUGCGUGCUGUCAUAAGGAGAGCUUCCAGUAGAGGCUCUUCUGCUUCUUCGGGAUUGGCGAAAUCAAUGAAAUCUUCUCGUGUUGCAGCAUCUUCACAAAGCUUUCAUUCUCUUUCAGCAACAGAGACUCUUGUGCCUCGUGGAAGCCAUGCUCGUAGCUACUUCCAUCAUCGUUCUUGUCCAGGGUGUUCAGAGUGCUCGAGGACUCUUCUUACCAGCUUCCAAGGCACAACCCUGCAAAAAUGGGUCAGGCCUUUCUCAUCUGAUAGUGGAGAUGUCGUUGAAGCUGUUGUGCCUCACAUGGGUGAAUCAAUCACCGAUGGAACCCUAGCCAACUUUCUCAAGCGUAUGCUUUUUUUUUUUUGCUUUAUCAUCUUGUCGUUUCUUUCCAGUGCAUGUAUGUAUCUAAUAAUAUUCUAUUGUUGGUGCUUCUGAUAUUAGCCCUGUUCUUUUCAUUAACGCGCGACCAGCGGCUGCGACUUCAAUUCUAAAGAAAAAGAGAGAAGAAAAUUGAACGGAAUCAGUUUUUAAAUGCAGAGGAGAGACGCAGAGGAAAGACGCAGAGGAGAGAGAAUGAAGGUAAUUGGUCGCUGUUAUUUUUGGCGUCAACGGAAUUUGCCGAAUCCGUGUAGUUUUUGAUCGCUGCGUCUCUCCUCCUCCCUCCGAGCAACCAUUAAAGAUAAAAACAAUGAAGAAAUUUCAGUCGCUGGUCGCAACCGCCGCGAGAAUGAAACGAACAGGGCUAUAGUCGCAGGGUCCAUUCGCAAAAUAUUUAAUGCAGAGUCUCCGCUCCAUGUCACUGGUUGAUGAAUCAUUCCGCCUCCUUUUCGAUCCCUUGACAUCCUUCUUCUUCACCAUGUCCGCAACGGUCUUCACCAUGUCCGCAACGGUCUUCACCACCACCGCCAGGACCACCACGCCACCUCUGAGCACACUAUUUACAUGUUUAGUAAAACUCUGCAAAAUAUCGUUCGCAAAAAGUUCACUUCAUUGGGGACUAAAUUCUGCAACCCAGCACACACCAUGUUUAAUUGUCGUUAUUAAUGUCUCGAGAAGUUUCCUUAUUGGAGUAAAUAUGCAGUAUUUCUAA